GCCCUCCUAGCCAGCCGCCGCGGGAUGGAGGGCUUCAUGGACUCAGGGACACAGACAGACGCCGUGGUGGUGCUGUCCUUGGCUCAGGCCGCUGUGCUGGGCCUGGUCUCAGAAAAUGAGCUCUUUGGAGCCACCAUAAGCGCUGAGGCCUUCUACCCGGACCUGGGGCCCGAGCUAUCCGGGGCGGCCAUGGGGGAGCCUGGGCCGCCAGGCCCCGAUGUCUACCAGCUGGCCUGCAAUGGGCAGGCCCUGGAGGAGCCAGUGGAGGAGGAGGUCCUGGAGGUGGAGGCGGCCUUUGAGAAGCACACCCGGCGGAAGACACGGCCCCCCGUGCGGCUGGUACCCAAGGUCAAGUUUGAGAAGGUGGAGGAGGAGGAGGAGCAGGAGGUAUACGAGGUAUCCGUGCCUGGUGAUGAUAAGGAGGCAGACCCAGCAGAGGCCCCCGCCCAGGUGGCCAGUGGUGUCUGCGAGGGCCUGGUGCAGAGCAGUGCCGUCAAGAUGAUCGACCUCAGCGCCUUCAGCCGCAAGCCCCGGACGCUCCGGCACCUACCCCGAACCCCACGGCCAGAGCUGGACGUGGCCCCCUAUGACCCUAACUUUCCCGACCCAGCCCGGGAUGGCUACACCGAGCCCAGCAUGGCACUACCUGGGGCCGAGGCUGUGCCCACCAAGUGUGGUUUUGAGCCACCCCACCUGGCCCCCCAGAGUGACCCUGAGGCCCCCACCAUGGAGUCCCCAGAGCCAGUGAAGCCAGAGCAGGGCUUCGUGUGGCAGGAGGCAGGCGAGUUCGAGACAGACGCGGCGGGCUCGACAGUGGAGCGCCACAAGAAGGCCCAGCUGGAUCGCCUGGACAUCAACGUGCAGAUCGACGACUCCUACCUGGUGGAGGCGGGUGACCGCCAGAAGCGUUGGCAGUGCCGCAUGUGCGAGAAGUCCUACACGUCCAAGUACAAUCUGGUGACGCACAUCCUGGGCCACAACGGCAUCAAGCCACACUCGUGCCCGCACUGCAGCAAGCUCUUCAAGCAGCCUAGCCACCUGCAGACACACCUGCUGACCCAUCAGGGCACACGACCCCACAAGUGCCAGGUGUGCCACAAGGCCUUCACGCAGACCAGCCACCUCAAGCGCCACAUGCUGCUGCACUCGGAGGUCAAGCCCUACAGCUGCCACUUCUGCAGCCGUGGCUUCGCCUACCCCAGCGAGCUCAAGGCCCACGAAGUGAAGCACGAGAGCGGCCGCUGCCACGUCUGCGUCGAGUGCGGCCUGGACUUCUCCACCCUGACCCAGCUCAAGCGCCACCUAGCCUCCCACCAGGGCCCCACCCUCUACCAGUGCCUCGAGUGUGACAAGUCCUUCCACUACCGCAGCCAGCUGCAGAACCACAUGCUCAAGCACCAGAACGUGCGGCCCUUCGUGUGCACAGAGUGUGGCAUGGAGUUCAGCCAGAUCCACCACCUCAAGCAACACUCGCUCACCCACAAGGGCGUGAAGGAGUUCAAGUGUGAGGUGUGUGGCCGGGAGUUCACCCUGCAGGCGAACAUGAAGCGGCACAUGCUGAUCCAUACCAGCGUCCGGCCCUACCAGUGCCACAUCUGCUUCAAGACCUUCGUGCAGAAGCAGACCCUCAAGACCCACAUGAUUGUACACUCGCCCGUCAAGCCAUUCAAAUGCAAGGUGUGUGGGAAGUCCUUCAACCGCAUGUACAACCUGCUGGGCCACAUGCACCUGCAUGCGGGCAGCAAGCCCUUCAAGUGCCCCUACUGCUCUAGCAAGUUUAACCUCAAGGGCAACCUGAGCCGGCACAUGAAGGUCAAGCAUGGCGUCAUGGACAUCGGCCUGGACAGCCAAGAUGCAGAAACUAAAGGACAGAGAACUUAGGUAACUCAUGCAAGAUCACAACACACAGGAAGUAGUAGACACUUCAUCUCUUUACCGUGAGAUAGCAUUUAAAAUACGUGGAUGGGAAAGAAAGUAACAAAAGGGAAAAUGGUAGCUGGAAAGGUAAGGAGAGUCUGGUGAGGUCACAACCCCAAGUACACUGUGGGAGGUCCUGUGGAUGUAGAGGUGAGCCCUGAGCUUCCCGGCAGCCAAGGCAAAGAGUGUAAAGCCAUCAGUCACACUGUUCACAGUUCCUAUCAAAGAGAAUGUAACUCACACGUACUUAAGAGAGAGCCAGGCAGUCGUGCCAUUAAGGUCUUAGAAAUUUCCAGAAAGGACCCUACACCUGAGCAGUUGGUAGGUGAAGUCAUGAGGCUGUUUGUUAUAACAUCCCUAAGUAUUAGGGAUAGCCUGUCCCCUCAGUACUGGUCAGUAGUAAAAGCACCUCUAUCGGGCUCCAGCAGAGCUAACUGCUAGUCUCUCUGGCCUUAUAGGGGGAGGAGGUACUUUAGAGAAUCCGUAGGGAAAGGGGCGCUGACUGCAUUUCAGGAAGGUUCCUUGUACAGUCUGGAGCCCUUUGAUCUUCUGGUGCCCCUUCUGAGACAAACUAGCUGGGAACAUGCCCUAUAAUCAAGUAAGUUGACAUGACAUAUGGGAUUAUUCACCGGAAGCCAAUCAGAUGCUGGGAGACAUCUGCAGUAACCCUGACUUUGCUUUUGGAGCAGCUGCCCAGUGAAUGGCCUAGGUUUUCUAGCAGAAGUAGGUGUCCUCAGUUGUCUUUUUUUUUUCCCCCAGUUGUCUAUUAACGAUGAUCCUGAUCUGUGAGGAUAAAACCCUGCUGGCUGCAUAUAAAUGCUCCCUAUAGCAUCUUGCUACUCAAAAUGUAGUGUGAGGACCAGCAACGUUGGCAUCACCUGGGAUCUUGCUAGAAAUGCAGAAUCUCAGCCCCACCCUAGACCUACUGAACCAGACUCUGCAUUCAUUCAAAAAAGAUCCCUUGGUGAUUUAUGUGCACAGUGAAGUUUGGGAAGCAUUGAAUUGGAGCGGUGGUUCUCCAGCUUUAGCGUGCACCAGAAUUACCUGGGGGACUUGUUUUAAAACAGACUGCUGGGCCCCAACCCCCUAGUUUCUGAUACCGUAGGUCCAGAGUGGUGCCCGAGAAUUUGCAUUUCCGGCAAGUUUCCAGGUGAUUUUGAUGCUGCUGGCUCCGCAACCUCACUUUGAGAACUGUUGAUCUAGACUGCAGGACUGGUUCUCAAACUUGGCUGCACAUUAGCAUCACCUGGGCAUUUUAAAAAUGCUGGUAUCUGAGUCCCACUCCCAGAAAUUCUAAUGUAAUUGAUCUGGGGUAU